AUGGGAAAGCUCAAGGACGUCUUCUUGAAACAACCCCCAUCGUUUGUGAAGAAGAAAGCAUAUGAUCUUCACGGACAGUUAGGUGAAGGGACAUUUGGAAAAGUGCUACGCGCUACUUGGGAUCCAGCGAAGGAUGACACCAAUCCUCCUGGAGUGAAGGUGCUGGGUCAAAGUGAUGUUGCGCUGAAGGUCAUUUCUAAGAAAAAGGUCAAAGGCAACGAACAACUUGUCUGGGGAGAAAUGCAGGUGCUGAAAGGGUUGGACCAUCCCAACAUUGUCAAGUUCUACGAAUGGUUCGAAUCCCGAGAUAAAUAUUACCUAGCAUUUGAGCUUGCUAUGGGCGGAGAACUCUUUGAGCGGAUAUCAAAGCGCGGGAAAUUUACAGAGGCGGAUGCUGUUGCUGUUGUGCGGUCCGUUUUGUCCGCUAUCUCUUACCUCCACAAGCACGAUAUUGUGCAUCGCGAUUUGAAACCCGAGAAUAUCCUAUAUCGUAAUCAAACUGAUACAUCAGACGUCGUAAUUGCUGAUUUUGGGAUCGCCAAGCACUUGGAAGGGGAUGAAAAGCUGAUGUCUUUAGCAGGGUCGCUGGGUUAUGUUCUGUCACAAUCGGGGCAUGGAAAACCUGUCGAUAUUUGGAGUAUGGGAAUCAUUACGUAUGUAAUGCUUUGCGGGUACUCCCCGUUCCGGUCCGAUGUCGCCAAGGAUAUCAUCGCGGAGACCACACGAGGCCGAAUCGAGUUCCAUGAGCGUUAUUGGAAAAAGAUAUCUCAGGAGGCGAAGGACUUUAUAUCAUCACUGCUCAAGACCAAUCCUGAUGAACGUCCAACCGCGGAAGAGGCGUUGCGGCAUGCAUGGCUAACCACCCAUAUGGCUUCAACCGAGCACGACAUUUCAGUCGGUAUUAGGGAGAAUUUCAAUCCGAAGCUCACAUGGCAAAAUGCAAUCAUCAAGGUCAGGGCGGCAGGUCGCUUCAACGCGAAUGCGCUUAUGGCAGCGCAAAGAAGGAAUUCUGUUACAAGCUCAUUAUCUGCGUCAAAUGCUAGCAUAAGCAAUCCCAGCCACCUCAGCACUGCCAGCGGUGGGUGGGCCACUAGCGAGGGCGAGGGCGAGAAUGGGGCCCUUCGACGCUCCAAUGCAAGCGACCACAAGCUCCACGAAUCUCCGGGAUCACCACGAUUGGACCUGUCUGGACCAGAGGAGAAGCCUAAUCCCUCAUUUACCAUAACUCCAGAUACUCCCGUACAAGCUGGUCGUGACCUUACUCCCUACAGCGGCCCGUCUGCUGAAGUACCUGCUCAAUCCACGGAAUUAUCCCAUGCAACACACCCUGUCCAAGCUGAUGCGUUUAGGCCGACCGAAGGGCGAAGCCGCAUGCCCGGCAGCUUCCACGGCGAUGAAGAUGAAGAAUUCGACGAAGCCGCCCCUCAGGUUCAUGAGGAACGUAAUAAAUUGCAUGGGCUGAUCGGAAGAAUGAAAAAAUUCGUAGUCGGAUAG